AACUCCUAAACAGUAAACACUAGCAUUUAAAGACCGAGAAUAAGACUGGAAAAUCCGACAAUGAUCAACGCGUUUAAGACCGUCCGAUCUCAGCCGUCGUCCGCCGCCGUCUUUGCUUCGCCUAUUCCGUCUCGCUUCGGCCGGAAAGCCACCGCCGUGAGAUUCGCCGCCACUACCGCAACAAACCAGCAGCACGCAGACAAGCGCAAAAUGGAAAAAACCGAGAACCCGAACGAGAAAACCGGGGAUGUGAUGUCGCAUUCGUUUGGAGAAGGGUACGCGACGAGGUCCGAGGAAGAAGGGUUUGGAGGAAUCUAUGGAGGGAAUCAGUCCAUCCAGAAGGAUAAGGAAAUCCACGAGAAUCACCCUGCUUACGACAAAACACAGGGGAGCGAAGUUUCUGAGAAAGAGAAGGCACGGAACCAGAAACAUGCCAGCAACUGAACUCGCUUCAUGACUUUAUCCAUUAUACAGAUUUAAGUUGGGGUUUUUUUUUCUCUUCAUUAUGAGGUUAUGUAAUAAAAAUCAAAUCUUGCGAAGGCAUCGAGUAACUCUGUUCGUUUGUUGGAAAUCAGUCGGGCAUUCGUCGAUGUUUACAUUGCACUCGGUUGGUAAUUUGUUCUAUGCAACUUUGAAUAUUUUAUAUUGA